AUGGACGAGUGGUACACGGCGGACUCUGACAGUGAAGAUUAUGCAACGGCAAUGCGUGAGGAUGGUCUGGAGGAGGGUUUUGACGGCGAGGAAGACCCUACCUGUCCGCCGAUCUACUUCACAGCAACCGGGGAAAGGGAAUACUGCCGCAAGCUGAGAUCAGCCCUGAUAGUGAAACCACUGGGCAGAAUAGUAUCGUACACAGCGGUGUCUAUCCGACUGAACACGAUAUGGGGGAAGGCAGGAGGAAUCCAAGUUACUUCAAUGAAGAAUGGCUACUUCCUCGUUCGUUUCACGAGUGGCAUGGACUACGAUAGAGCAGUCACGAACGGCCCGUGGAUGAUAGGUCCGAACUACCUGUCGGUGCACAUGUGGGACAAGAAUUUCGACCCUUACAAUCAUGAAAUUUCAUCGACGUUAGUUUGGGCGAGACUUCUUGAUAUUCUGAUUCACUACUUUCACCAAGAGGCCAUGAUGAAAAUUGGGCGUCGUAUUGGACGACCAAUCCGAAUUGAUGAAGCCACUCGCACAGCGGCCAGAAGUGACUACGCCCGUGUUUGUGUUCAAGUGGAUCUGACCCGACCUUUACUGUCAAAAUUCUCCAUCAGAGGCAAGAAAUACUUUAUCCAGUACGAAGGGUUGGAGAAUAUCUGCUUGAACUGUGGCACCUAUGCAGAGAAGUGGGGUUGCUCGUGCGUUAAGUCGCAGGCACCUAUGGAAGCGGAGCACACGGUGCAGGAACCCACGCCAGCGGCUAACCAAAAUGAACCCCUCUAUGGGGAAUGGAUGAUUGCCAAACGCAAACCCCGUACCCAGAAGAAGGACCAAGGAGCGAACGUGAGUCUGAAGGGAACCAAAACGACUCACGACACUCAUCAGCAUGCCGGGGGAUCACGUUUUGCUGCCCUUGAGGAGGAGGAUAUAAUACUACCGGGGUCUGAGCAUGCGGACACUCCUAACGUGACCACCAACAGACCGCAUCAACAGUCGGGAAGCAGUAGGAGUAAGAACAAAAUCCCAAAACAGACACCGCCGGUGAGCCAAGAAAAGGAGAGUAUGCGGUCCAGGGAGCCUCGAGCUGCAGUGUCCAUCGGGAACAACAAUAAAGAAGCGACCGGAAAAGAAAGGGAAACCCAGACUGUCAACUCCAAAACGGGUACAACAGCAGGCCAACCAAACCAGGAGGUCAUGGAGCCACCCUUUCGAGCACAGAGCAAGAAGGUGGAAACGGCCGCCCUCGGACGACGGUGA